CCAAAUUCAUACUCAAUCAACAACAACAAAAAAGAUCAUGUCUGUUCUGAAGCAAAAUGCCAACAAAAACAUAGUGACAAGAAAAGCUUUAUUGACUAAAUCUAACAACGAUUCUAGAGGUAAAUUGGCGAGACAAAAGCAAAAUCGCGGUGAUACAAAUUAGUAUAUAAUCAUAGAGUUCGUCUAUAUUUCGUUUCAUUUGUGUCGCCAAUCUCUGAUUUGUAGCAACUAACUGUAGUUUGUAUUGGAGAUAAUGAUUGUCUCACAUGGAUAAUGUAUGUAUGAAUAUACGAGGGACCAUGCUUUAAUGUUAUUUCUCGUAAAAUCCUUUACAGAUUAGACAACCUUUAAAAUGCGGUUAACAAGAUCAUUAUUGGGUUAUUUUAAGAGGUAUGUGGAUCAUGAAAUAGCAACGACGAAGGGAAAGACUGUUUACAAGAAUGUUUAUGGAUGGAAGCGUGUUCAAUUUGAUUAUAAGCCAUGGGUUUAUGGUGAAGACCGACCAUGGACAGAUGCUGCCAAACAUAUGAACUUAACAAAAAAUGCAAAGGCAACGAAACUUCGAAGUACCUUAGUUGAACCCAUUAAAGAUUGGUUAAUAUUUCGCGGAGACAGGAAGAAUUUCUCCACCAAAAUGGCUGACACUGUAUCCGAAGGAAUUCUCCUUGGGCUUGGAAAUCCUCUUCUUGACAUUACUGUUGUUUGCCCAGACAACGCAUUACUCGAUAAAUAUGGUUUACUAGCUAACAAUGCUAUCAUAGCUGCAGAAGUUCACCAUCCUCUCUAUGAGGAGAUGGUGAAAAAUUACAAACCGGAAUAUUUACCUGGAGGUGCCACCCUUAAUAGUGUGCGUGUAGCACAGUGGCUUCUGCAGAAACCAAAUGCUACCACAUUUUUUGGUGGUGUAGGCCAGGAUAAAUAUGCUGAGAUUUUGAAAAAGAAGUCUAUUGAUGUUGGUGUGAACGUGCGCUAUCAAGUCCACAGUGAUGUUCAAACUGGUGUUUGUGGGGCAAUAAUAACUGGAGAAGACCGAUCACUCGUGACAGAAUUGGGGGCUGCCCAACACUUCUGCGUUGAUUUCUUGAAAAAACCUGAGAACUGGAAGUUAGUAGAAGCUGCUCAGUGUUAUUAUGCUGGCGGGUUUAUUCUCCCUGUUAGUAAAGAAUCAGUUCUUGCCCUAGCACAUCAUAGUACUGAGAAUAAAAAGACUAUGGUUAUAAACUUGCAUGCGACUUUCCUCUGCGGUAUGUUUGCUGACCCCAAAAUAAAUAUCUUACCUUACAUAGAUAUUCUUUUUGGUAACAGUGACGAAGCUGCUGAAUUUUGUUCUAUAAUGGGAUUCCCAAAUAAGGACUUGAAGCAAAUGGCGCUCCAGGUGGCAGCAUUGCCAAAAGUUAAUUCAGAAAGAGAGCGCAUUGUUGUUUUCACCCAGGGCAGGGACCCCACUAUAGUAGCACAAGGAGGAAAAGUAUCUGAAUAUCCAGUGGAAACUGUAGACCAUGAUCUUAUUAAAGAUACAAAUGGUUGUGGGGAUUCUUUUGUUGGUGGGUUCUUGUCCCAAUGGGUUCUUGGCCGCUCAGUACAGGAUUGUGUCAGGUGUGGUUUUUAUGCUGCCAAAGUUGUCAUUCAGCACUAUGGUUGCCAGUAUCCAGCUAAACCAAAUUUUGUUUAAACAUCCUCCUUCUUAUGAGAUUAUUGCUUUUUUGAGAUGGUCAGAAGCCCUCAGAGGCUUCUUUUUUAAAUUACUUAACAAUUAAGGAUAAAAUUCAAAGAAGUGACUUUUUGUUUGUAUUUAUGGAACUAUAAUGGAUAACUCGAUUUUUCCCUAUUUGUCUAAUUUUUGAGCAAAGCAUUAAAAGUUUCUCAUGCUUAUUUACUAAUUAUAAUGAUAUGGCAUGUCAAAUACCUCACAUACAUAUUGCUUUUGAUUUUAUAUAAUUAUAAGCAUCUUAAAUGUUUCUUAAAAUUAUAUGACUCUAAAAGACUUGAUAUGUGGUUAGCAUGAAAGUAAUAAAAUAGCGUCAUUUCUGUUGAAAUUUUUUUCUUUUUCUUGGACAGUUGGUUGACAAAAGAGAAAAUAGGGAUUUAAAAAAAUUUCAUCUGUGUUCCAUACUUUAGAUUUUCAAGUGUGUGAUUUAUCAUUUGUAAGAAUAUACAUUUUCAAUUUAUAUAUAAAUGACUGUUGUUUCAUUGAAUUUGUGUUUAUUGAAAUUCCAUCACAGCUGUGUAAGUUAGAGAUUAUGCACAUUCUCAUGUUCCUGUUCAUGUGUUGAAAUUUCUUUUUCCUUCCACUUAGAAAUUCCAUUUUAAAUUGAUUCUCAAUAUAUAUAUAUAUUUUUUUAAUUUCUCAAUUGUGGUACUUAAAUUCUUAUGGGUCCUUUAGAUGGAGAAAUUCUUAAAUGUAACUUUAGUAACUAUAUAUAUAUAUAAUUAGUAAUUUUCUAUAAAUGACAUCUGUUUUCAAUUUAUUUCUGCCUUGUGCAGUAGUUUAUAUUUGGUUACAGCAUUUGCAGAGAUAAUUAUGAAUUAUGAUAAUGAACUGCCCCCGGGUUGUUUAUAUUUCACUUGUUUGUUAAUUUAUUUUUUUCAUUGCUAGAUAUGUAAAAUUUUAGAAAUUCAGAUUGCAUAUAAUUUAGGAAGUUAGUUUUACUUCUCAUUUUUAUUUCUUGAAAGAAUUUAUAGUAUCAAUUCCUUAAAAGUUUUCCUAUUUGUGAUAGAUAAUAGAUAUCAGAAGGCCAAUGUUUGGCCAGGAUGUGGUGUACAUAGUCUAUUGAAUCAAUUCCAAUAGUGACUCUUAUAUAUUAUCAAUCUUUCAAAAUUUUGGUGGCAAUGUUAACCCUGACAGCAUUUGAACCUAGAACAUUGAAGUACCAUAGUGCACACAUAUAUCGACUGUUUCCCAUCAUUCUUACUUUCAUUUGAACCUAGAACAUUGCAAUGCUCUAUAUAUUGAAGUAUAUAUAUAUACACAUGUAUUGGUUGUCUCUCAUCGCACUCUUACAUUCAUUUCAUUCAUCAAAUAUAGAAAUCCUUUUUUUUCUAUAAAAUAGUUGUUUACAACUGCUAAUUUCCAGUAUUAUUUGUUAUUGAUUAGAAAUUUUAAUUUAUUUUGAGCUUUCAUUCUUUCAUAUUGAUGUUGUUUGAGAUUUUCCUUGGUUGUUUUUCUCUCUCAUCGUUCUGGUUGUAAUCAGUAUAAAUGUAAUGUAUGUGUUAUGUAUGAUAGAACACAUUCCGAAUUCAGUAGCACUAUAAAAUUGUGGAAUGCAAUCAAAUAAGAUAAAUACAUCUUGUAUUAUUAAAAGUUGGAUAUUCUUCUUGAAUGUGAAUGGGAGAAUAACUUUUUUUUUCCCUCUCUGUAAACUAAUCUUGUAGUUUAUAUACAGCUAGUUUCAAUAAAGUUGCUGGUUAGUACCUUUGUGGUUUUGAAAUCUAUUACAACCUCUUUAUGCUGUGCUAAAGAUGCAAUGGGGUAGUUAAUAGAAUUUUCUUACUAAGCUGCUAACUUCCUGUAAAUGUUGCAACAAAACAUAAGAAAUAUAGAAGAGGAAAUCAUUUUUCUCAAGUGUCUCCUCCUCUGCUCUCAUUUCAUGCCUUCAUCUCAUUAAUAUUUAUGUAAUCAACAACUACGAUGUUGUCAUGGCCAUCAAACCAGCUCUCCCUUAUUGUAAAAUAUUAAUCUAUUUUAAAUGGAUAUGAUCUGUUUGUGUGUGAGUGUGUGUGUAUAAAUAUUUUUGUUUCUUUUUAUGAAACUUCUUUCUGAAUAAAUCACGAACUAACUUUGUGUAUGUGUGAGAUACAUCAUUUGUGAGCUACACUGCUGCAAUGAAAUUGGUUAGCUGGAAUUUGCUGCAUAAAAGCCAUUUCCUGAUUUUGAGGUUACCUGUAUUUUGGAUAUUGGUGUUGAUUCUAAACGUUAAGGUUGAUAUUAGUAUUUGGGUCCUAUGAUUUUGUAGUAAGCUCAUUCACUGCCAGAACAGAGAGCCAGGAGUAAUGUGAUGUUGCUGAUUAUUUCUUCUUGGCAAAUAAGCCUAGAUUGCAUAAAAUCUUCAUCUUGUCUGUAUACAGAAUACAUGCUGUUUCCAUUGUCAUUUUUGACUUACUGCUAAAUGAAGUCUCAUCAAGCCAUUGCCAUAUUUUCUUCUUUAGUUGUAGGCCUACUUGUCCAUGCUGGCCUAUUACAAGGUGGUCAAAGUAGUCCAGUGGUCAGAUGAUUCACCUUCAUCAUUAGCAUUUUGGAAAAAUUUGUACUCUGAGUACAGAGAUCCAGACCAAAUACCUCACCAUAUUCUAUGUGAUUUUCUGCUAAUUCACCUCUUGCUGCAGCAAGUAAUUGUAAUGGAGCCACUUUUUAUAUGAAAUUCACCCAUGAAAGUUGUAUUAGAAAAUCCUAUGUUAAUACAGUUACAUCUUAGUGAAGUUAAAGAUGUUUUUUUGCAAAAAUCAAGCAGUCUUAGACUCAAUUUUUGUAUGAUAUAUUAAAUAACACACACACUAAAAUUUAGUAUAUAUUCUUUGUACAUUUUUCCUGAUAUUAUUGUCUUUUGUUUAUCAUAUGCUUCAAUUGAUUGUAUAUAUAUGAUGGAUUUACUGAUAGGUUACACUAGGGGCAAGUUGUUCUAAAAAACACUUGCAGCAAAUUUAGUUAUGAGAUAAAAUUUAGAAGACAGAGCAACAAGAACAAGAUGUAAAGUUUGAAAAUCAUAUUUCUGAAGCUGCAUUCCACUGUAAGACUUUAAAGUAUUCUAAUGAUCCAUGCACACAAAAGAUGAGAAGAAUGGGCAAUUUACAAGGUUUUAUCUUUAUCCUUGUACAUAAUUAAAUAAAAAAUUUCACACACACACACACACAAAACCCUAUGGAAUGUCCAGAAUCCAAGCUCAAUAUCAACAUGCACUGUUUAGAAAAGCAUUUUUAGCUUUUUAUUUAAUUUUUUUUUUUUUUGUGCAUACUUAAAAAAAUAACAUGAUAAAAACUAAAUGAUGGUACAUCCCGGUGAUUACAGUUGUACAUUUUUAUAUUUAGUUUUAUUAUCAAUUAUUCAUAUAAUGGUAUUUUUAUGAACCAACUCGUAAACUUUGAUAUAGCAUAUGUAUCUUUCAUGUCUGUUAGUAAAUUCUAAUCUAAUUCAUUGAUAUUUAUACUAUUUCAUCCUUCUUCCAGCUUUAUGUGUAUGAUAUGGCUCUUGUAACUUCCUGUUUGGAAUAUUAACAUAGGGAAAAUAUCUUUCACUCCUUUUGUCAACAUUUUCUAAACUGAGUAUGCUAUUUGUGUGAUUUUUCAUGUGUUAGUCAUCAACUGAUUGAUGUUGUAUAGGGUUUGAAGUAACACUCCAGUCCAACACAGAUCGAGGUUAUCAUUUUCUUCAAUUUGUCUUCUACAGUUGUAUAACCUUAUUACACUCUUCCCACUACGAUAUACCUUCAUGCUUUUGUAAAAGCUUUUCUUUCAAUUUGGAGAAUGCUGUUAUUCUUAGAGAAAAAUAAUGUAUUUUCAAUUCAGUGAUGAUAAUACCCUGCGAAAAGGUUUGACUGUUGUGAAUAUAAUAAGAUCUGGGCUUGACUGUCAAUUUGGUUAAUGUGGUAAAGUUAUUUAUACAGCCUUCAACAGAUAUUUGAAAUAUCUUUCAAUUACUUAAACCUUUUACUGUUGUUGAAUUUAAGUGAAAAAGAAAAUAGCUAACUAAAUAUCUUUGUUAUUCAAUAUCACAAGUAUUUUUUAUAUAGAUCUAUUAUAGUGGUAUUAACCUGAAAUUAUUUUGUUUUAAAGUUAAACCUGUCAAGUUCUUUUCCAUAUAUCUUUCUGAAGUUUUCUUUUCAACUAGUUUCAUUUUGUUGAUUUUUUUUUUUUUUUUAAUUUUUUUUUUUACAAAUUUUUUGGGAGUAAGUGACUUAGGCUGAUUCCUCUUCUGAGUGGAUUAAAAUGGUAUCAAUAGAAUUAUUCCUUUCCUGCAUUUUAGAAGGGUUUUUAUUCACUUCUUUUGUUUAGUUAUCUUGCAUUCAAAUGGAUCUAAUAUUGUGCCUCAAGUUUUCACAGUUUCUCUUUCAUCUGAAGCAACCUAUUAAGGUGCUAGUUCAAUAAUUAUUGACUUAGAUUUGUUGACUGUUUCAAAUGUUAUUGGUGAUAGGGCUUUGUUUCAACCAUUCAAUACCUCAGUAAGACACUUCGAACUUUGCUGAAAAUACUUACAAGGUCUAUUUUUUAAAUUUAUUCCAUGGCAACAAAUCUAGUCAUGAUUGAUACUUCAAUUACAUCUUUGUUUUUCCCCGUUUUAUAAUUGUAUAUUAUUAUUAUUAUUAUUAUUAUUAUUAUUAUUAUUGAUCUCUUUAGCAUUAAGAAAUUGCCUGAAAUUUUCUUUGAUUACAAGUUGCUUGUAAUAUGCAGUUAUGAAAAUGUAGGAUUCUUUUUACCACAUUUUAAUCACUUCAAUUACACAACUUUAUAUCUAUUAUAAUUUUAUUUCAUGUGUGUCUCUUUUGAAUAAUAACUGAGAUGUAAUAAUAUUUACCAACUCUUCAAUAACUUAAAAAUUUGUUUUUCAAGGGAAAUUUGUUUUACAAUUUUUUAAACAAAUUAUUAUGACUCUAAAGCAUAUUCAGCAAAAAGUCUCUUUGUUAUGAUUCUUUUUAUAAGCUGUUAAAUUGAUUUAUUGGUGCAGUUUUUAACCUAAAUGACUGAACGUGUCAGAACUAUCCUAAGUAGAUUAUCGUUUAACUUAUAAAGUAUUAUUUCUAAUUUAACAAAGUAAUCUGUUUUUACUUUGCAAAAAGCCCUAAAGACACAACUUUGAACCUUGAUAAAUAUUAGUUCAAUAAAUUUCAUCUGUUGGAAAUGUCCAUUUAUAAAUUAGAUAUUUUCUCUGAUGAUUUGAAAAACUUACUAUUAAAACAGCAUUAGAGAAUACUAAUUAUUUGAAAAAAAUUAAGUCUUUUUUCUUUCCAAAGAAGGAAGCAAAAAAACAAAGCAAAAACAAAACCUGAAAUGAAUAGAUGUC